UAUAUAUACCGACGUCGGCAAGUAGGGAAAACAGUUAGCUAAGCUUGUCCUCGCUGGUGAAAGUACUAGCAAGACGUAAGACUAUGUCAUAGUGCGAAGUAGGAAAAAAACUCUAGCAAUAUCCAUGAUUUGGCUCAUAUAACUCGCCAUAUAGUGUCCACCUAUUCUGCUGUACAAAGAUUAAAAUCGCGUUUCCUCGAGUUUUGUCGCGUUAAAUGGAGGAGAAGAAGGAAGACGGAGACUCGGAGAUACAGGAACACGGACCCGAGCACUGGUUCUCAAAAUGGGAGCGGCAGUGCUUGGCCGAAGCGGAGCAGAGGGAGCCGAGCGAGGAGGAGGCCGACAACGACCAGGAUAAACUAUGGCACCUCUUCCAGAACUCCGCUACUGCCGUGGCACAGUUAUACAAAGACAGAGUAUGCCACCAACAGGGUCUGUCGUUGUGGGUGCCAUUUCAGAACGCUGCUACCGCCGUUACCAACCUCUACAAAGAGAGCGUGGAGGCACAUCAGAGGAGCUUCGAUAGAGGCGUCCAAAUUGGACACCAACGCCGUAAUAAGGACAUGUUGGCCUGGGUGAAAAAGCGCCGGAGAACCAUCCGUAGGGAGGAUCUUAUCAGCUUUCUGUGCGGCAAAGCACCACCACACAGGAGUAGCAGGGCCAACCCCCGGCUGGCCAUGGUGGCCCCCAGUCGAGCCAAUUCACCAGCUGAGACAGGCUCAUCUGUGGAGGCGGACCUCCAGCCCUUCAGGGAGGCCAUAGCACUGCAUGGUCUAAGUGGAGCCAUGGCAAGUAUCAGUGUGCGCUCUGGUGCUCCAGGUUCUCCCACACAUGUGAGUGGGAGCAGUAGUAACGGAGGCGGUGCUGCUGGAGGUGGUUCUUCUGGCUCCGGGCCGGUGUGCCGCAGCAGGCGCAAUGGGCUUCAAGACGUCGACCUGAACACUUUCAUCUCAGAGGAGAUGGCACUGCAUCUGGACUCUACAGGCUCAGCCUCCGCUGGAGGGGGAGGAACCAGGAAACGAAAUUCCACCCAGUGUAGUGACGUCAUCACAGACUCCCCUACGCACAAACGCAAUAGGAUGAUCUGAUCUGCUGCCUGCCUAUGUGUAUGAGAGGGUGGGGGGGCCUUCAAAGCCAAGGCUUGGAAGAGGGGGUGGGGGUGGGGGGGUGAAUGGGCUUAUACGCGACAGAUGCACAGAAGGACAGACAGGCACCUCGGAUGCCUGGCUGUGCAAAAGAACCCAGGCUGAAAAUGAAAUUGGGACUGUAGGUUCUUGUUUCAGUCUAAUCGGUUGAUGGCCGAAUUAUUUUCCUUGUCUCCUUUUCCGACACUAUUUACUACAAAUCACUGCUCUGCAAUCAGAACAUUUGGUGUGAGUGUGCAAGAGGGAAAACAUCACACACUCCUCAGACACGGCUGCCCCGGAAAGGAGACGACGACGACAAAGGAACCAACACGUUCUGGGAUUCCCUAAGGGUUGACAAUGCACUGUGCUGCUUUCCAAGUAAAAGCCACUUGAUCCUUGACACAUUUGUGCCCUUCCCUUCCUUAACCUCACUCAUCCUCCACCCACCACCUUAAUAAGGAAGUGAGGGCCAUGAUCAAAUCGUCUCACUCGAGUGAAUCAAGUUGCUCGCCAAAUGUCGGACCCAGCUCUAUCAGACAUUCACCUGUGUCAAACAACACACCCUUUUCUUUCUGUUACUUCAUCAUUGCAGCUCUUCGUUGACGUUGUCUGUCUGUGGUAGAGCUAAAUUGCCCAGUAAGAUUAAGUGGCAUCAUCCUGCCUCAUGUGCUGCUCAUAACCAGCUACGUUUCUCUGGUUACUAGGACGACGGCAUGUAACUACCAAUAGCAGGCUAUUGAUGUUUGGACAUUUAGACUUUAUUUUCUGCUUACUAGUCUGCUUCAACCGUGGCUUGAUUUUGGUUAAGCCAGCCGCCAUGUUUUCGUUUUUUUAAACCACCAGUGUUAAAAUUCUUGGUUUGCCACUGUUUGCAUUCUUCUCCACCUAGUUCAUUUUAAUUUUUAAAUUUUUUUAAAAUUUUUGUUGUUGUUCAGGAUAACAAAGGAGAAAAGUUCUUUGUCACAGACUGUUUGCUGACUGUGACGCCCUCUUUCCCCCUUUACCCUAUACUUAUUAUAAAAGCAGCUCAUGUUUUAUGUGAUGAUUAUUCUGAUGAGUUGCAAUAAGGAUUUUUGCACUUAGCUUUCACUUAAAAAAAAAUCAUGCAAACAAAUCGACUCUUCCAUUGUAUCCCAGUUGUAGCCCUGUCCAGCGUGUGGUCGUUCAACACAUUACUUAGCUGUUGGUGCUUAGAGGAAUUAAAACACUCGACAUGACUAGUAAAGGAGCUCUGGUGCACACUUCUGGUUCACUCUUCAAAAGUGUUCGGUCAGGUCGCGUGGCGUCUGGGCUCAACUUGUGUUCAGAGACUCCAGAGUUUUUCCCUGGCUGACAAAUAAUUUCACUUACUGGACGAUCGUUGGUGCUGUAAAGGAAGCAUAGAUCACAGAAAUGUUCUUACAAAGGUAGCAUUUCUCAACAGACCUAUCGAACCAACCAUGCCAACCAGUGUACACAACUCACUGGGUGAUCAAGCUACAGCAUUGGAUUGGUUGUUAGGAAAACUGUCUGCUUUUUGUCUAAGGGGUGCGUGCAUUAAUAAGAUGUGAAAGGGUUUUUUUUUGGGUUUUUUUACUUGGUACAGGAUGAUGCAACGUGGGGCUUGUUUCAUUCUUGAGAUGACUGUUGCCUUCCAUCCUUCUAUGAGGAAGGAGAGUAGGAAACACUGAUAUCGCACAAGUCAGAAAUGUGGGUAUAUUUGUAAUAUAUAUAUAUAUAUAUAUAUAUGUGUUAUAUAUAUGUGUGUGUUAUAUAUAUAUAUAUAUAUAUAUAGUAUUAACAAAAGAUCAUUGGAAGUAAAUCUAAACCUUUAUGGUAGUAGUGCUAACAAAGUGUAAAUGAUUCAAAUGUUGUCUAGUAAUUAAACCAAUGAUGGAUAUAUUAUAUAUUAUAUAUAUAGUGACACAGUAAGUUGUCAGUGAACUGACCAGGGUGUAAAGCUCUCUGCCUGUAAAUACCCGCUGUGGCUGACUUGUACAAUGUCAAUGUUUUCUUCUUCCCCUUCACUUUUAUAACCUGGAGAGUAGGUUUUGUUUAGUUGUAUAAAGCAUGCCAGUUUUUAACUUCUGUUACAUUUGGUCACAGACUUCCUUUUUUUUUUUUUUUUGCAUAUAGGUUGGCUGUAAUAUUCAUACGUGAUCGCUGGCUAGUCAGUGAAAGAAAUUAACGAGGCGGAGAUUUGUCGAUUCUGUCUGCGUUUGACUUUGUUCUUGCAUAGGAGUGUUAAAAAAAAACUGAAUGAGACUGAAAAUAUAAACUUCAUAUUGGAAAAGUGAGAUUUGAUUUGUCCACAGAGAGCAGCUUCCGAUUACUGCGUAGAAGGUCAACAAGAGAUCCCUGUUUUUGUUUGGCUAUUGGUUUAAAUUGAUAUAUUUUGAUGGAUAAAGGUAGCUUCAGCGAUCAAUGGUCCAUUGAAUCAUUUAACAUUUGAAGCGUCCAUGUUUCCUGAAUAGGGACUUAACCUUAAGAUUCACAUUUGGAGUCAAUCGAGUUUCCGGGGACUCGACCUUGCACAGUCCUCAUGGCAGAGCGCAGUGCUGCUGACAUGAGGACUGGAGAUGAAGUGAAUCCUGUCGACUGCCUGUCCACACUCUCUUCACUAAGUCAAAGGAAUGCAUUAAGAAUUUAUUUUUUCCCCUUCACACUUUACUCACUGCUGUGCGUCUGAUUCUUAUCAUUGGCAUUGGUUGCAUUUCUGACUGAAACCAAAUUGUGCAUUUAGCCACAAAUGAAUAGUUUUAACCUCCCAGUGUUUCUGUUGCAGAAACGUGUCUGCUAACAGGCAAAAUAAACUGAGAUUCAGACGAUCAAAGGACAGUUUUUCCAAAGGCUCGACUGGAGUUGGCUUUGAAUCCCCCCCCCUCCCCUUAUGAGAGAGGGGGCGACUUUGUGUUUAUCUUUUCUCCCCCUGAGCCAGUCACAGGCCUUCAUUCACAUUGUCUCAAAAGGCUGACUCAUGCCACGUGUCUCUGGAGCCAACACUAUUAUUGGCUGUUUCUUGAUACCUAUUUGUUUAAAAAGUAAUAAAUGGCUAAUCUAUAUACUUAACAUUUAAUUGUUGGUAUGAUAUGUGGUUCACAUUGUAAAAGAAAUAAAACCAUUGAGUUGCAA